AUGCUAACGACAAAAGCUUCUCCCAACCUCCAAGGCCUCCUUGAGAAAUACCGACCAGACCUGCACCCAUUCGAGGAAACCUACCGCCACAUGCACCGCUCCCCCGAACUCUCGGGCCAAGAAGAACAAACCGCAGCAACAGCGGCCUCGCACCUCCAAAGCCUCGGUUUCGGCGUCCACGACCACAUCGGCGGCUAUGGCGUAGCGGGGGUCCUGCGCAACGGGCCCGGGCCGACGGUCCUCCUCCGCGCAGACAUGGACGCCCUACCCGUGGAAGAGAAAACCGGGCUUCCCUACGCCAGCACCAAAACCACCAAGGACGGCGACGGGAGGACCGUCCCCGUGAUGCACGCCUGCGGACACGAUACCCACGUCGUCAGCCUCAUGGCGAGCGUGGUCCUGCUGCACGCGGCGCGGGCGCACUGGUCCGGGACGCUGAUCUGCAUCUUCCAGCCGGCGGAGGAGCAGUUGAGCGGCGCGCGGGCGAUGAUCGAGGACGGGCUGUAUGCGCGGAUCCCCAGGCCGGACGUGGUGCUCGCGCAGCAUGUGAUGCGGAUGAAGACGGGGACGGUCAGUGUUCGGGCUGGGCGGCUGCUCACGGCGGCGGAUGCGAUCGAUGUGCGGGUGUAUGGGCGCGGCGGACACGGCUCGGCGCCGCAGACUUGUAUCGAUCCGAUUGCUAUUGGGGCGGCGAUUGUGACGAGGCUGCAGAGUAUUGUGAGUCGGGAGGUGGCGCCGGGCGAGGUGGCCGUCGUGAGCUGUGGGAGUAUCCAGGCGGGCCACACGGCGAAUAUCGUUCCGGAUCAGCUGGAUCUGAAGCUCAGUGUUCGGACGUACGAUCAGGCAACUCGCGAACGAGUCCUCGCGUGCAUCAAGCGGAUUGUUGAGGCCGAAUGCGAGGCUUCUGGGGCCGUGGAGAAACCAUCCGUCAAGAUCAUCUAUUCGGCGCCGGCUACCAUCAACGAUGAGGCCACUGUGCAGGCCCUCAGGGGGACCUUCGGCUCUUACUUUCAGGAGAAUCUGGUGGAGUCGGAACCGGCCACAGCGAGUGAGGAUUUCUCGCUGCUUGCGACGGCGGUGGGGGCGCCGUACGUGAUGUGGACGUUUGGCGGCGUCGACGCGGAGACAUGGGAUGAGGCUGUAGCCAAGGGGACGGUGAACGAGCUGCCGAGUAACCAUUCCCCGUUCUUUGCGCCGUGUAUCCAGCCGACUUUGCGUACGGCGGUUGAUGCCAUGAGCCUCGGUGCGCUUACUUUUCUGGGCAUUACUGAGAGUAUGAAUGAAUAUGGCCAGUCGUAG